UUUCAAGUACAGCAUGAAAGCCGAAAUCUUCUUUUGCGCCUUGUUUGCCGACAUUCUGUCUGCAAACAUAAUCUUUAACCACGUCACUCUCUUCUGUGAGCCUGACGAGGUGAAUUUCCAUCAAUGUUUGCGUGGACAAAUAUGCUCACAUGACGGAGUUUGCGGAGCGCCACCAAUACAUAUGAGCCGCCUCCCUCGAGCUCGCGAGGGCAGGACCUUGUGGAACCCUGCAAUGAAUCUUGCCCGAAGGGAUAAUGAGAAUUAUUCAACAGAUGGAACUUGCGGACCGGAUCACGGCAAUACAAUAUGCGAUCCUGAUAGCACAGUAUAUAGUGGGACAUGCUGCUCGCAAUACGGCUGGUGUGGGAACACCGAAGCCUAUUGUGGAAGCGGAUGUAUCUCUGGUUGCACGACAUCGUCAUCUUCAUCGGUCGCUGCUGAUCCUCCGACAACCGCGAUUGCAGCUGCAGCAGCAACAUCUGGGGAGCCGGUCCUCGGAAAACCUACGACAAUUGCAGGUGCCGCUGCCACUGGCGCAGUCACUACCGAUGGUACUUGCGGUGCAGCCAACGGCGGAACAGUCUGCGGUGAUUGGCCUCAAGGUAGUUGCUGUAGCAUGUAUGGAUACUGCGGAAACACGACAAGCCACUGCGGCGAUGGGUGUCAAUCUGGUCCCUGCCUUGGUCCCGCGGUGGCUCCAGCCCCAGGACCGAGUGCAGCUCCGGAGAAUCCUAACCCGGGAAGCUUUGCUGUAGUGGGACAAUCAGGUGUUCCAGCUAUGCAUGCCGGUCUGCUUCCAAAUGGUCGUGUAGUGUUUCUCGACAAAAUUGAGAAUUAUACGCAGUUGACAUUAGCGGAUGGACAAUAUGCCUACUCAUCCGAAUAUGAUCCAGCUACAAAUCUCGUCGUGCCUCUAGCCUAUAAGACCAAUGCCUUCUGCGCUGGAGGUGCUUUUCUGCCGGACGGGAGAUUCCUGUCUCUUGGGGGUAACGCGCCCCUAGACUUUAUAGAUCCCACUGUUGGUGAUGGGUUCAAUGCCAUUCGAUAUUUGCAGAGAUCAGCUACCGACGCAAGCUUGAAUGGUCAGGAUUGGAGUGAGCCGGGCAAUAAACUGGCCAGCAAUCGUUGGUACCCAUCUGCUCAAACGAUGCCUGAUGGAUCUAUAUUCGUUGCGUCUGGAAGCCUCAAUGGACUGGACCCGACAGUUCCAGCAAAUAACAAUCCAACUUAUGAGCUGUUGAGCGCCGAGGGCAUUUCCAGCGGAGAGAAUAUUGGAAUGGAUAUCCUUGUCAAGAACCAACCAUACUAUAUGUAUCCAUUUAUCCAUUUGCUUCAAGAUGGUUCACUCUUCGUGUUUGUUUCGAAGAGCUCAGAGUUGUUUGAUGUCGGGACCAACACGACGAUCAAAUCAUUUCCUGACCUUGCUGGCGACUACAGAACCUAUCCUAACACCGGUGGUAGUGUGCUUCUGCCACUCUCGAGCGAGAAUGGAUGGGAUCCGGACAUUAUCAUCUGCGGCGGCGGAGCAUACCAGGACAUUACCAGCCCUACGGAUCCCAGCUGCGGCAGAAUUCAGCCUUUGUCGACAAACCCAACCUGGGAGAUGGACUCAAUGCCGGAAGGACGUGGAAUGGUUGAAGGAACACUGCUUCCUGACGGGACUGUGCUAUUCGUUAAUGGGUGCAAUCAAGGUGCCCAAGGAUUUGGACUUGCCACUGAUCCCACGUUUGAAGUUCUAAUAUACGAUCCGACGAAAACCCUUGGACAGCGUUUCUCAACUGGUGCCUCGUCAACCAUUGCACGCUUGUAUCACUCAGUUGCUUUGCUCCUUCUGGAUGGAACGCUUAUGAUUGCGGGAUCAAAUCCUGUACAGAUGCCAAUUCUGGCACCAGAUGCUGCUAAUCCGUAUGUAACAGAAUUUCGAGUGGAAAUCUAUACACCGCCAUACCUUCAGGGAGACAAUGCAAACAACCGACCGACAGAUGUUGAGCUUUCAAGCACUAGUCUCAGUGCUGACGGCAGCGAAUACACAGUCAGCUUCAAUGCCCCAGGCGGAGCACAGGCUGUGAAAGUGGCACUUUACCAUGGCGGAUUUGUCACGCACUCACUGCACAUGAACCAUCGUAUGCUUUUCCUAGACAACACCGGGUUCAACCAAGGCUCAACUGCACAAACUCUCACAGUUUCUAUGCCUCCAAACAAGAAUCUGGCACCUCCUGGACCAUACGUCAUCUAUGUUGUGGUCGAUGGUGUGCCUGCCAUAGGCCAGUUUGUCAUGGUGGCAUAGUGCACAAUGCAGUGUAGCGAGUUUCUAGGGUUUAUUGAACUAACUGACAUGUUAAUGGCGCGCUGGAAAUUAGGCGAAAUUAGCUAAAGAAUACCCCCAAAGAUCGGCAGUUGGUGAUUAUUGUGACAGCACAGAAAGUAGGUACGUUUGGGCCUUGGAUUCUACGUUAAAAAGAGC